AUUAAAUUAUUACAGCUCUAUGGUCUGAAUCGAGUAUUUCACGGCUACGACUUCAAGUUCUUUUCUAUACUUUGUGUUGGUGCCCUGCGGUGGAAAAGUCGUAGCCUUAAUAUUUCGGCAGACGGGCUUUGAUUAUCAAUUCAGUCUGUACGCUUUAGUUCAUGAGUCUACGUUCUUCGCUGGCAGUACACGUCAACACACGAGUCCCGAUUGAUGUUUUCGUUACAUUUCUAUCCCUUUGUCGAUCUCUUUGCAGUUUUAAUCUGUACGGGAGGUUGAUUACCAAAAGGCAGUCAUGACGAAUGCUUACUCCUUUGAUGGGCUGAUUAUCUUUGGGCUACUGGUCAUCUGUACGUGUGCCUACAUGAGGCGAGUGCCACGUCUUAAGCAGUGGUUCCUGUCGGAGAAGAAAGGGUUCCUUGGGGUGUUCUACAAAGCUUCCAUCAUUGGAACGAGGUUACAUCUUGCCGUGGCUGCAUCCUGUGUCCUGAUGGGAUUCUACAUACUGUUCUUAAAAUGAUCCACGCUGGAGUCAACUAACCAUAAACUAUGAUAUACUCCUACAGAGGACGGACAGAGUUACCUAAUACUCUGUACAAGUUCAGGAACGAAACCUGCUGAUUCAGUAGAUGAGCUUAGAUCCGCUUGAAAUAGACACUCAACUCUGGUAACCAGUGCGUUUGCAUGCCCAGUGAUGCUUCUGGGCAAAGUCAGGACCAGACUGGACAAAAUGAGUUCAAGUUCUAUGAGAGAAAUGACCUUGAAUCAAGCAUGGUUCUGGUCUCUACACACAAGGACCCCGUCAACGAUUACAGAGAGAUUUCGGUGGAACAUGGAAGGCACUGCUGGCUUACCUGGUACUCGUGCAGAGAUGACAUACGUUUGUGUACAUUUCAAAGUUAGUUAGCGUGCCUACACACCAAAGAUGUGUGGACCAGUGCGCACUCUGGUAUGCCCUGCACACAGAAAUGCUAUCCACUGUUUAUGAACGGAGUCUAUCAGGACUGCCUAAGUUGAAGUGAUAGAAACUAGGUAAUUUUUCGGAGAUCCGGUUGGCCUACGUAUGUCUGUUGUGAGAAGCGAGGGUUGGCAUGGUUCUAAUGAACUCUGUGCAUGGUUCUGGUGAACCAUUUGUAUACUGGCUUGUAAAAAUGUUCAGGCUAUUUAACUUGGAAUUCUGUAGCUCUCCUUGUCUCAGAAUCGGCUGUUUAUGCACUGGUGUUGAUGGCCCAAUGAAACAGUUACACACCUAUGUUCCGACACACCUAUGUUCCGACACACCUAUGUUCCGACACCCCUAUGUUCCGACACCCCUAUGUUCUGACAACACAUUUUCCUAUAAACCCUAACCAACACAAUUUUAUGUGUGGGCUGUCGGCACAUACAUGUAGGGGUGUCGGAACAUAGAGCAGUCGCCAGUGAAACAAGGUCCCACAGACUUUCCCCACCUGUGUUGCUUCUGGCAUGGUUAGGAAUAAUAAUUGCUGUAUUCAUAACUGACAUGCUGAAAUAUGCUGCAAUUUCAAAGACUGCAUCACUUCUGCAAAGGGUCACCUCUUAAGUAACGUAAAUAUGUGUUUAUCAACUCCAAAAUUAAAUAAAACAUAAAACAUAAAAUGUGUUUUUGGAGCUGUACGUUUAUUUAAUCCAUUUACUUCUGCCAAGCAAAGAGUCGCCUCUUCAGUUAUGUAAAUAUAUGUAUAUCAACUCCAAAAUUAAAAUAAAACAGAAAACAUAAAAUGUGUUUUUGGUGCUGUACGUUUAUUUAAUCCAUUUACUUCCUUUUAGUUGAACUAUUUUAAAAUAAUAUUUGUUGGCAAAGACCAUGAUUCAAAUGAAAUAUAUAUUAAACAUUUUAUUUAAGUUAACUAUACGUAUUAUUUUA